AUGCAUAUAAGCACCGUCCUUCCUAUCAUCUUUGGCAUCAUCUGCUUGCUUGGAAUCCUGGGAAACUGCAUCGUCAUCUACACCAUCAUGAAGAAGAGCAAGUGCCGCAUCAAUUAGACCGUUCCAGAAAUCUUUAUUUUGAAUGUGUCUAUUGUUGACCUUUUGUUUCUACUUGGGAUGCCAUUUCUUAUUCACCUGUUUCUGGGAAAUGGUGACUGAUGCUUUGGAGCAACAAUGUGCAUGGUCACCACUGCCAUAGACUCCAACAGUCAGAUUGUUAGCACUUAUAUCCUUACUGUUAUGACGCUUGACAGCUACCUGGCCAUGGGGGAUCCAAUCUGCUUCACUUAUGUCCAAAACCCCUGCAUGGCUGUGCUGGUCAUUUACCUGGUGUGGUUGCUGUCCCCUCUCACAAUGAUCCCUAUGUGGAUGUACGCAAGCCUGAUCCGUCAGAUGGUCUGCACGCUCCUCCUGCCCAACCCAGUCACCAACACAUACUGGUUUACACUUGACCAGUUCUUUUUAGCCUUCGUUGUACCCUUGGCCAUCAACUGCCUUGUCUUCUUCAAGAUCCUCAGCGUGUCCCCAUUGCCUCCAAGGAGUUUACAGGUACACGCCAUCAGGAAGGUGACCUGGAUAGCUGUGGCCAUGUGCUAG